AUGCCAACAAAUGAAAAUGAAAACAACAUGAAAAGCAACUAUGGGUAUCUGUUCCUUCUGCUCACGUACUAUACGUGCUGUGCUAUUAACAAUGCAGAACUCGAAAGUAUUGCAAGAAUCUGUCCUAAACUUGACAGUUUUCUAAGGGCAUCAUACAUCAAAGGGGCAGGGCAAAAAAACCAGAUAAUCUCACUAGAAAAAACCCUUAUUUCUCCUUCUAUUGUUCUAAAAUCAAGAAC